GGUAGGGAUAGCUGGUUUACUGAAUUGUGUUUUUUCUAAGUAAAAUUAUGUGUCUAACACUGUCAAAGUUUUGAUAUUACGUCUGCAGCCAUUGCUUGCUCUUUUCUAGACACGAGAUCAAUGACGACUUUGGUCAAUGAUGGCUGUCGUGUCAUGGAAGGAGACUUUGCUUUUGACUGGGCUGGUGGUGGGAUGUUACUGGAACAGUCUACAUUGCGGUUUUGUCUUUGAUGAUGUCUCAGCAAUCCUUGACAACAAAGAUCUACGCCCAUCAACACCUCUCCAAAACCUUUUCCUUAAUGAUUUCUGGGGUACACCCAUGGCUGAAGAGCGGAGCCAUAAAUCUUAUCGCCCGUUGACUGUACUUACCUUCAGACUCAACUACCUCUUCAGUGAGCUCAGUCCUGCUUCCUACCACGUGCUUAAUGUCAUGUUACACGCCAUUGUGUGUGUGCUUUUCCUGCGGGUGUGUCGUGUGUUUCUGGACAAGACUUCUAGCUUGGUGGCAGCAUUGCUGUUUGCCGUUCACCCGAUCCACGCAGAAGCUGUCACAGGUGUGGUUGGGAGAGCAGAGCUUCUUUCUUCAGUCUUCCUCUUGGCUGCUUUCUUGGCCUACACUAAAUCAACAAGCACAGACCAUUCCAUAGUUUGGGCCCCCAUUGCAGUGACAGUUGUCCUCGUAGCUGCAGCAACAUUGUGUAAGGAGCAGGGAAUCACCGUUGUUGGCAUCUGCUGUGUCCACGAGGUGUUUGUUGCACAAGGGUUUACUGUGCCCAUGCUGCUGGAAACCCUUUGGCAGGUAUUGCAGGGUAAAGAUGGCUUCCCCUAUGCUGUCCUGCAAACACUGCUGAAGCUUAUUGUCCUUAUCAUCAGCACCCUGCUGCUUGUCAUCAUCAGGGUCCAAGUCAUCCAGUCGCAGCUUCCUGUCUUCACCAGAUUUGACAACCCUGCAGCAGUUAGCCCUACUCCUACUCGACAGCUGACCUUCAACUACCUGCUUCCUGUGAAUGCAUGGCUUCUGCUGAACCCCUCUGAUCUCUGCUGUGACUGGACAAUGGGCACCAUCCCUCUAGUAGAGUCAGUCCUAGACCACCGUAACGUGGCUACCAUCUUAUUUUACACACUGCUGGGCCAACUAGCAUACCACAGCCUGCGCUACCGACACAGCUCUGCCAAGACCGUUAUCAUGGCUCUUUCUUUGAUCGUCUUACCUUUCAUUCCGGCAUCAAACCUCUUCUUCCCUGUGGGUUUUGUUGUGGCAGAGCGAGUGCUUUAUGUGCCCAGUAUGGGCUUUUGUGUGCUUGUGGCACAUGGCUUCAAGACAAUUUCACAUAAGGGGCACCUCAGGAAACUUUCCUGGCUCAUGAUCGGAGUGCUGUUAGUCACCCAUGCAGUAAAAACAUUCAGCAGGAAUUGGGAUUGGGAGUCAGAAUACACACUGUUUACUUCUGCUUUGAAGGUGAACAAGAACAAUGCCAAGCUUUGGAACAAUGUUGGUCAUGCUCUGGAGAACCAAAACAGCUACGAAAAAGCCCUGAGAUAUUUUCUCCAGGCCACUCGGGUCCAGCCAGAUGACAUUGGUGCUCAUAUGAAUGUUGGGAGAACCUACAAGAACUUGAAUAAGACGAAAGAGGCUGAAGAUGCUUAUCUGAUUGCAAAAUCACUCAUGCCACAGGUUAUUCCUGGUAAGAAAUAUGCAACACGAGUGGCCCCUAACCAUCUGAAUGUUUACAUAAACCUUGCCAAUCUAAUCCGGGCCAAUGAAUCGCGACUGGAAGAAGCUGACCAGCUCUACCGGCAAGCAAUCAGCAUGAGACCAGACUUCAAACAAGCCUACAUCAGCAGAGGGGAGUUGCUGUUGAAGAUGAACAAGCUGACAGAAGCACGAGACGCCUAUCUCCGGGCCUUGGAACUUGACCGCUCUAACGCUGACCUGUGGUACAACUUGGCCAUCGUCAACAUUGAGAUGAAGGACCCGUCAGAAGCGCUUAAGAACUUCAACCAUGCCUUGGAACUUAACCCACGCCACAAGCUGGCAUUGUUCAACUCAGCCCUUCUUAUGCAGGAAUCGGGUGAACCCAAGUUUUGGUCUGAGGCCAAUCGCCGUUUCCUGAUCUAUAUCGAGGAGGAGCCAGAAGAUGCCAAUGGCUAUUUCAACCUCGGAAUGCUGGCCAUGGAUGCUAAUGAAAAUGCAGCGGCUGAGCGCUGGAUGCGUCAAGCCAUUGGUUUGCAGACAGGUUUCCGUAGCGCCCUGUUUAAUUUGGCAUUGCUCUACUCUCAGUCCAAACGUGAGAUGGAUGCCCUGCCCGUGUUGGAUGAGUUGCUUCAUCACCACCCAGAACAUAUCAAGGGUUUAAUCCUGAAAGGUGACAUCCUCAUGAACCACAAGAAGGACACGCAUGGUGCCAAAGCCUGCUUUGAGCGCAUUUUGCGCAUGGACCCCACCAAUGUGCAAGGCAAGCACAAUUUAUGUGUAGUCUAUUUUGAAGAACGCGACCUGCUGCGUGCCGAACGCUGCCUGGAAGAGACCCUGGCUUUGGCACCAAAUGAGGAGUACGUGCGUCGUCAUUUAAGUAUUGUCCGGAAUAAAAUGGCUGCCAUGAGCGCAGCAGGGCAACCACUUAGUGCGGCUGAGGGAGCUGCCAAGCCACCUAAGGAGGAAAAUCAGGAAGGAGCAAGGGAGGUGGGGGUGGAAGUUACUGGGGUUGUGGAGGAAGGGAGGGGUGCUGCUACUGGAAAGAAGGCUGUUCAUGAGAAGAAUGUGCGGAAAUCCUCUGCUGAAAGCAGCGUGGACCAAUCAGAGGCACUGGACGGUAGCCAGCCUGACAAACAGACUCAGGGUAAGUCCACUGAAGAGAUUAACGACAUCGAGAAAAAAAGGGCAGCUGCCUUGAAGAGACUAGAUGAGAUUGAACGCAUAUUAAGUGGUGACUGAUGUUAUUGCAAAUUAUAUUUUUAUACAGCUCAACGCUCCAGAAUAAGACUCCUUUUUGCCAAUAAAAAUGUGUACUCCUAAUUGAUAGCCAUUUUAUUUUUGGAAUAAUUAAUGUAUUUCCAAGUCACCCAGAAUGGCCCUGAUGUUUUGGCACCAAUCUUAAAGGGAAAUGUUGAUUAACAGACGCAAAGCACAAGUCAACUCUCUAAAAUCUUUUUAAAGCUUAUCACAGAUGUAGAUAAACAGUGUUUUGUGUUUCAAGUGGUUAUUUUUCAUGUUGUAGAUCCUUAAUAUUUUGUUUAUCACUGGAUUUUUUUUUUUUAACUCAGAUGUGACUCACUCCUAUUGUUGUUGUAAGAAAAUGAAUAAUUGUAUCACAAACAAUUAAAGGAUGUGAUGCGUUC